AAUUUCUUGAUUAAAAAAAAAGAAGACACAAGUCAAAGAUCAAAUCAACAAGAUGGGAGUUGGAGGAACGUUGGAGUAUAUAUCAGAGCUAAUAGGGAAUGGAGGAAGCCAUAGUUAUGGAAAGAGGAAGAAGAAGAAGCAGUUUCAAACAGUAGAGCUCAAAGUUAGAAUGGAUUGUGAUGGUUGUGUCCUCAAAAUCAAAAACUCUCUUUCUUCUCUAAAAGGAGUGAAAACAGUGGAGAUAAACAAGAAGCAACAGAAGGUGACAGUGAGUGGCUAUGCGGAUGCGAGCAAGGUGCUGAAGAAGGCUAAAGCGACGGGGAAGAAAGCCGAGAUAUGGCCGUAUGUACCGUACAACUUGGUGGCUCAGCCGUACAUAGCUCAGGCUUAUGAUAAGAAAGCACCGCCUGGUUACGUCAGAAAAGUGGACCCAAACGUCACCACCGGGACAAUGGCUGUUUACUACGAUGACCCUUCUUAUACUUCUUUGUUUAGUGAUGAUAAUCCUAACGCUUGCUCCAUUAUGUAGUUUGUUUAAUUAGAUAGUUAAUAAAGGGAUUUAUAUCCUAUGCGGAUAAUAUAUGUGUAACAAGGGUUAUAAAUUUUGGUGUUUGUUGUCUUUUUAGUUCAUGAUUUUGUCUUCUUUUGCAUGUGCUUUUUCUUGGUGUUACAAGUGAAUGUUUAUUAAUGUUAAUAAAUAUCUAUUAUAUUA